AUGUUUGAAAACACCAAACUUUCCAAAAACAAUUUACGAAAAUUGUUGCUUGGAAAAAAGGUAACUUCCCCUUUUUAUUUAUCGCUAAAUGAAGGCCAAUCUGAAGUCAGUAUAUUUGACAGAGAUUCUGUUACUACGUAUUUACCUCUAAUCCAUAUUCCUACUAAACCCUGCGCUGGCUAUUGCGGAUUAUCUGAAGUUCUUAAAUUUAAAGAACAAAAGAAUAAUGUAUACGUAGAUUUGUUGGUUGUAGUGAAAUCGGUAAAACCAGCAAAGUCAAUUAAAACAAAAGCAGGCGUAGACAUGUCCGUACGAGCUGUUGAAAUUUUGGACAACUCUACACCAGCCUCGCUCACACUAGAUUUGUUUGAUACAGACACAAUACAAAGUCCGAUGUGGGUAACAGCUUUUUUAAAUUACAAUUACAUUAGAGCCGAAGAGUGGCGUCCAUUAGACAGCGUGCUAUUUAUCGCGGACGCGCGCGUGUCGUGGCGGGCGCCGGCCGUGCGCGUGCAAGUGUGCUCUCGCACUGUACUCACGCACCAACCACACACGCCGGAUGCAGAAGCCCUUCGCCUUUAUGUGAAGAGCCAGGGACAUACGAGCGGCAGCGACGCCGCCGCGUGGGCCGCCUGGAGCGGCGAGCGCGCCGCCGCCGCGUGCGUCGCGCAGGUACAGGACAGGCUCAAGUCCGGCGUGCCUUUCUGCGCCGCCCUUCAUGCUUUGCUCACGCACUUAGAUCUAGAUGAUCUUGUUACGUCUACGGAUGGGAAUUUAGAAGACUUGAGAGUACGCUUUGCAGACCAUACGGGCGAAUUAACUGCAAGACUGCCUAUACACGUAUUGGAAGGAGUUUUUGGACAUACUGUAGAGCAAUUAAAGGCAAUGACAUCAGACCAGAGAGGAGCAUUACGCUGGAGUUACCUUCUGGAGCAGUGCAGUGUGAAGGUCGCGGUGACGCCGCGCCUGCUCGUGCUCGCGCUGCGCCGCGCUUCCGCCGCGGACCCCAUACCCUUGUAU